ACCGGUUUGUCACAUGACUGCUGUGCAGCUCAGUCUGGCUCUGUGUGUGUGAGAGAGAGCCUGUUCAGCUUUUAUUUCCGUGUUCGCAGAGGAAUCGCUGUGCCGAAUGACUUUCCGCGGAUCCUGAGUGUUUUGCUUUCUUCCACGCCGCGAAUCUGCGUCGCCGUGCGGGGAUCUGCCAGGGAGACUGGAAGAAGGGGGUGCGUGUGGGGUGGGGUGGCAUUCACGCAAUCGCAUUGCCUGGACCCACGCCGCAGCAGGACCAUGCUCACGCGGGUGAAGUCGGCGGUAGCCAAUUUCAUGGGAGGUAUGAUGGCCGGUGGCUCCAACGGAGACCAUCCCAGCGGCUCGGAUCUGCCGCUGAAAUUCCCGUACACCCGACCGGACUUCCUGGGACUGUCGCCAGACGAGAUCGAGUGUUCGGCGGAUCACAUCGCAAGACCGAUCCUCAUCCUGAAGGAGACCAAGCGGCUGCCGUGGUCCACCGGCUACGCAGAGGUCAUCAAUGCAGGGAAAAGCACAUUAAAUGAAGAUCAGGCUUGCUGUGAGGUCCUGGUUGUUAAAGGGAGACCUGCAGGAAGCCUCCCGCCUAACCGAACCCCCACGACCCGCAGGAGAUCUUCCCUGCCUAAUGGUGAGAGUCUGGGCCUCCAGGAGAACCUGGACAAUUCUGAAGACCUAACUUUACACUACUGGGCAUUGUUCGAUGGCCACGCUGGCUCCGGGGCAGCUGUAAUGGCCUCUCGUCUUCUCCACCACCACAUUGCCCUGCACCUACAGGAAGUGAUGGAGAUCCUCUGUACUCCUAACCUUGUGCCGCCCACGUGCCUGGGUGAGGAACCUAUCAAUCACCACCUCACCCCUUCAUCUCAGCGUGUCCUUACAAGGGCUGCAUCGCUCCGGGGUGCCGCAGGGGCUCCGGGUUCCCCCAGUACCCCACCGACACGGUUCUUCACAGAGAAGAAGGUGUCGCAGGAGAGCCUGGUGAUUGGAGCCAUCGAGAACGCCUUCAAAGACAUGGAUUCACAGAUAGAAAAGGAGAAGGCAGUCUACAACAUCUCAGGUGGCUGCACAGCGCUGGUGGUCGUCUAUUUACUCGGCAACCUCUAUGUGGGGAAUGCCGGGGACAGCAGAGCUAUCAUUAUCCGGUCUGGGGAAGUCAUUCCCAUGUCAGCAGAGUUCACACCAGAGUCAGAGAGGCAGCGACUGCAGUUCUUGGCCUACAUGCAGCCCCACUUAUUAGGGAAUGAGUUUACACAUCUGGAAUUCCCAAGGAGAGUGCAGAGGAAGGAGGUGGGGAAGAGGAUGCUGUAUCGUGACUUCACCAUGUCAGGAUGGGCAUAUAAAACCAUAGAGGAAGAUGACCUAAAGUUUCCCCUGAUCUACGGUGAAGGGAAGAAGGCUCGCGUACUGGCGACCAUCGGGGUCACGAGAGGCCUCGGAGACCACAGUCUCAAAGUGCACGACUCCAACAUUUACAUUAAGCCCUUCCUGUCCUGCUGCCCAGAGGUCAGAGUUUACCCUUUAGCACAGUGUGAGCAUGGAGCCGAUGACGUUCUGGUGCUGGGAACUGACGGACUGUGGGACGUCCUCUCCAACCAGGAAGUGGCUGAAUCGGUCGGCUGUUUCCUGGCAAACUGCGACCCUGACGAUCAGCACAGGUACACGAUGGCAGCUCAAGACCUCAUAAUGAGAGCGAGGGGGGUGUUGAAGGAUCGAGGCUGGAGGAUAGCCAACGACAGAUUAGGCUCCGGAGAUGACAUCUCUGUCUACAUCAUUCCCCUCAUGUAUGGAAACAAGCAGAACUAGCCAAGCUACGAAACCGCAGCCAUCGCUGAAACACAACCCUGCCUUGACCUUUUAAACUUCACAUGUGCAGUUUUACCUCAUUCCUUGUUCCCCUUUUAAAAGUGCUUUUGUUUCUGCUCAGAUCAAAAACUGAUCUGUCUCAGUUUCACCCUGAUUAUCCUCAAUCAGGGUGAAAACUCUCUCUCUCCCUUUUUUUAAAUAUUGAAAAGGAAACAAUCAUAAGAGUAGCUGUUAAUGAUUACUGUUAUUAUUGUUUUUUAAUUCUCGUGGAAGCCAUCCUUAGCUGUGUUUCGGGGGGCAAACCCUGUAAACCUGGACUCUCGAAUGAGAUGACGACAUCUCAGGACUGCUGUUACUAACUAAUGCACAAUAUUUAAUAAUGUGAAAAUGUAAAUAAUCUGAAACACAAGACAUUGGUUAAGUGUGUUUGGCUGAACACCUGUACAGUGUUUAACCCCCCCCCCCAAAAAAAAAAAACCUAAAGACUGUUGUAAAUAUGAAUCAUUCCAGCUCUGUUCCACGCACGCUUUUAACUUAGCCAGACUCAGCCAUUCACUUUUCCACAUCUCCCAGUGAAAUGGGUGGGAAAAAUGGGUUUCCUUCUGCUGACUUUCGGCUGUUACUUCUAAUACUGCAGUUGCCAUUUUUUUGCUCAUUUGUACCAUUGCGAUACUGCGUUUGCUAUUAAGGAGAGAUUCUUUUUUUAAAUGAAGACUACACUACCAGGUGGAGUGACACUUAAAAGAUUUUGGCCCAAUACAUUUCACGCUCCUUAUUUCUUUACUAUUGUAUUUAUUUGAACAUCAGUUGAGAUCUACAAAGGAAAACAAACAUGUUUGAGACAUGUUCCUCCUUAAGCUGUCGUUCACCUGCUGCAUGUGCCAUCAUUAAGCUACGUAGUCAUCCUUUACAGCAGGGGCAUCAAAUAUAAGGCUCUGGGGCCUUUGGUCUGGCAAAGACUCAAUCUGGCCCACUGGAUGGCUUUGGGAUAUGUGAAAGAGGACAUAGCAUUUCCCCUUAUGAAGAUCUCCCUUAUUGCCAAUUAUAAGACACCGGUAAUAAUGUAACAGAGAGACAAAGAUAAAAACAAAAAGGUUCCUGUUUUCUCACUCAACUUUUUUUUUAAAUUAGUAAAAAUAAAAAUAAAACAAGACAUUUUCUAUGAAUGAACAAAAACCUUCAGUUUUGUAAUUACAAGAGCGCGGGGGGUAAUGAGCCACCAGAAGCUUUUUUUGUCAUUUUUACACAUUUAUUUAUUUGCACUGACCGAUUUCUCUUAUUUCAAACAGCUACAGUUCUUUAUCAUGUAGAAAAAUUAAAAAUUGCACUUCUUUUUCUUAUAGUAAUUGGGAUCAAAUGUGUAGUCAAAUGUCUUUACACUGACAGAAUGAGAGGAGUAUCGCUGGUUCGGACCAACUUAACAUCAAAGUGGGCCGCAUGUGGCCCAUGAUGUAAAAGGAGUUUGACAUCCCUGCUUUACCUCAUAGAACCUUUUCUCAGAUUUAUUGUUCUCAUUUAAAAAAAAAAAAAUCUAAAUGUAUAAAUAACAGGUACCUGUAACGACGCUGAUGUUACAGAUGCAUAAAUCUGACCCGUCAUGGCUAAACUUGUGUCUGAGCAGUCAACACAGUUCUUACGUUAAGGAGUGGGUUUCCAUAUUUUCUUUCAAAUUGUACUUUUUUUAUUUUUAUUUUGAAGGUGAAAAUGGUGAAACUGAGUAAAUUUAUUUAAAUGUAAAAAUGUAAAUAACCUUUUCCAGCAGACAAACUCUCCCUUCCUUUUACUGUAAGUCACGCAUAUCUUACCAAAACCAAAACACACAUGAUUUGUACUGUUUUAGAACCCCAUAGCAACAAUAAAAAAAAUUAAUGUGAAAAAGUUCAUUUUUCUGCUCUAUUAAAGUAGUUGAUCAACAA